AUGAACGGUGAUGUAAUCAUCCCUUGGCCAUGUCUUGCAGCAACAACGGCACAACCCCAUAAGUCGAUGUCUAGUGUCGACAAUGUGAAACAGCAAAAAACGUUUGCGGAUGCUCUAGCAAAUGUCUGCGACAUUCCGGUAAGUCAAUUCCCGCAACCUUGUGUGAAAGGCCAAGAAAUUGCAAUUAUGAUUCCUGAAAAUGAAUAUUUAGCUGGUAUGGAUGGAUGCAAAAAUAAUCUUCAUGGAAGAAUUAUUUGGCCGAAGGGAUCGACCCCUUUGAAAAUUGAUGAGUUACGUGCGAAGCUUGCUACCUUGUGGAAUUCAUUGGGUCGCUGGGGAAUGGUUUCUCUUGGCAAAAGUUUCUAUGAAUUUUAUUUCUCUUCGGUGGAGGACGUGAGAAGGGUUCGCUCGGUGGCAUCUUGGUCUCUAAAUCCAGGAUAUCUUAAACUUUUUACCUGGACAAAUGAUUUCAACCCAAAUGCUCAACAUCACACUACUGCUCAGGUUUGGAUUCGUAUCUCUGGUCUUGCACAAGAAUAUUGGAGGAAGAACAUCAUCUUUGCUAUAGCUAGUAGUAUUGGAACUCCAAUUUGUGUAGAUGCUAACACUAGUAAAUCCGCUUUUGAGCGGUCUUUUGGGCACUAUGCACGUAUUCUUGUUGAUGUAGAUUUAAGCGUUCAGCUCAGAUAUCAAGUAUUAGUAGAACGUAAGGGAUUUGCAUUCUUCGUUGAGAUAGAAUAUGAAAAUCUCUCGGAUUUCUGUGACUAUUGUAAACAUAUUGGUCAUAAUAAUGCUAAUUGCAAACGGAAUAAAACUGUUGAAACUGAAGCUCGUGACAUGGGUAAAAAGGUUUCUAAAUCGCGGAAAGAAUUCAUACAGGUGCGUGAUAAUUGUCAGAAUCAACCUAGGCAACAACCUGUUAAUAAUGAAACUGCAAGUGGGAGUGAAGCGCAACCCGAUGCAAAUGAACCUAAUAAAGAGGAUGUUGUGAAUGUUAAUCACAUUAGCCAGUCUGGAAAUGAAGACCAGGAGCUUGUGAAUGGUAAUGAGAAUCUUCAAAUAACUCAGGAAGUGCCUGAAUUUGUGCCGGACACCCCCAUCAGUGACAAGAUUACUGAUGAGGCGAUAGAGACAAUAGAGCAUGAUUUCAAUGUCAAUGAUGAUAAUCCAAAUAUACCCAAGGUGGUUCAUCAGGAUGUGCAAAUCUUAAAAUCCAAUCUGGCGGAUAUGGCGGAGGAACAGAGGAAUAAUCAGGAAGGAGAAUUAGCUCUAGACAACACAGAUGAUCAACCUUUCGAGAUUGUUCUCACUAAGUCGCAGAAAAAGACAAACAAAAGGCAAGAGCAACAAGCCAGGGCGCGUGUUACCCUCACUAGGGCAGGAUCCCGAAAUCUUGCCAAAUGA